UCGAGCGAAGAAAAAGAAACUAACUAAACUGUACUUGGAAGGGACUCUGACUUCACCUGCUUUCGUUUGAGUGAUUGAAAUGAUCGUUUAAAGUUGUUAAUCAGUUGUUUUGCACUGAAAUCCAGAGCAGAGUGUUUAAAUGGCGUCAGGAAGCGCACUGAUCUUUGAUGAGGAGAUGAGCCGUUAUAAACUCCUCUGGACAGAUCCAGCCUGUGACAUCGAGGUGCCUGAACGGUUGACCGCGUCUUACGAAGCCCUAAAGACGCACGGCAUGGCACAGAGGUGCAAACAGGUCCCGGUCCGCCUGGCCACCGAGCAGGAGAUCUUACUCGCACACAGUGAGGAAUAUCUGGAGGCUGUUAAACAGACUCCCAAUAUGAGCGUGGAAGAGCUGAUGGCAUUUUCGAAGCAGUACAAUGACGUCUAUUUCCAUCAGAACAUCUAUCACUGUGCUAAACUGGCCGUGGGCGCCACACUGCAGCUGGUGGACAGUGUGAUGAAGAGAGAGGUCAGGAACGGCAUGGCGCUGGUCAGGCCUCCUGGACACCACAGUCAAUGCUCUGCUGCCAGCGGUUUCUGUGUGUUUAAUAACGUGGCCAUUGCUGCACUUUAUGCUAAGAAGAACUACAACCUGAACAGGGUUUUGAUUGUGGACUGGGACGUCCACCAUGGACAGGGUAUCCAGUACUGCUUUGAGGAGGACCCAAGUGUACUUUAUUUUUCCUGGCAUCGUUACGAGCACCAGGCCUUCUGGCCCAAUCUCCCCGAGUCGGACUACACCAGCGUUGGGAAAGGCAAAGGAUCUGGUUUUAACAUUAACCUCCCCUGGAACAAGGUGGGCAUGACGAACAGCGACUAUCUGGCUGCUUUCUUCCAUGUUUUUUUACCCGUCGCAUAUGAGUUUGACCCAGAGCUGGUUUUGGUCAGUGCUGGUUUUGAUUCAGCAAUUGGGGACCCAGAAGGUGAAAUGUGUGCCCGUCCUGAGGUCUUUGCCCACCUCACCCACCUGUUAAUGCCUUUGGCUGCAGGCAAAAUGUGCGUCGUCCUAGAGGGAGGGUAUAACCUGACUUCUCUGGCCCAGUCAGUUUGCCAAACUGUCCAGACCCUUUUGGGAGAUCCCGCCCCUCGGCUGUCGGGGCUUACAGUCCCUUGUGAGAGUGCACUGGAAUCUAUCCAAAAUGUUCGCAGCACUCAAUCAUCGUACUGGAACUGUUUCAAACACUUAGAGGCUCAUUCAGGAACAAGCACCAAACGGCCCAGACUGGACGAGAAGAACGGUAAAACAAAAGACCCUGCGAACCCUGCGCCAGAGACCUGUACGAAGAAGGCAACACAGGAUAUUGUGUGGCCUGAACCUUUAACCAGGACAUCUACUGUUGGGAGAACAGCUGUAGCGCCCCCUCCUGGUGUGGAGAUAUCGCUCCCAGAGGGCUGCCAAUAUUUGGGGGAAGUUUCCCAAAGCACCACUAAAGAAGUACAAAGUAUCCGAGAUAAACAUUUCAAAGACAUAACAGACCAAAACAUCCUCCAGCCUCUUGGAAAUAUCAUUUCGGCUCUUGACCAAAUAAUGAAUAAAGAGGUGUGUAAUGGAUGCAUCGUGGUGUCUGACUUGAGUGUGUCCGUUUGCUGUGCUUAUCAACACUCACUUAUGGGCCUUGCUGAACGGGUGCUGGUUGUUUUUAUUGGAGAUGGGAAUAUACCAGUCAAAACAGAUCACGGGAAAGUGUUUCUAGUGCAGGUCUGUACUAAAGAAACUGAAGAGAAGUGUUUGAACACUUUGUCCUUGUGUCUGAGAGAGGGUGAGAGCUUUACAGCAGGUUUCAUGCAGGCAGUUCUGGGCCUGGUCCUCCCUCUGGCGUAUGAGUUUAACCCCGGUCUGGUGCUGGGGAUUGUUGGAGACAGUGGGGCGAAGACUCAUUUGGCACCCGUCUGGGGUCACCUGACCAGCCUGCUCCAAGGCCUUGCAGAGGGCCAGAUGCUCACCCUCCUGCAGGACUAUGACAAAGAUCUGCUGGAGGUUACGGUCUCUGCCCUCUCUGGAGCUCCUGUCCCUCCACUCGGGCCCCUGGGAGCCCCCAAACCUGAAGAUGUUAAGAUGAUAGAUAAGCAGAGACAGAGGCUGCAGAAACGCUGGAGUGUGGCGCAGAAGUCUUGGGGUCUCCUGCGGUGCACGGUUUCAGAAAGCUGAUGGAAACAUCUGGAACGCUGAACGACCUGGGUUUUGACGCUCAGUUAUGGAAAAUAAUCAUUUGUACUUUUUACAUUUUGUAUGGCAUUAAAAAUUAACCUGGUAAAAUCUUUGUUAAUAGUUUUUUGUUUGAGUGUGAUGUGUGUGUUGGGUUUGUAUAGUUGGAAGUGAGCUCAAUCUGAAUGUAAACACAGCUAUGUUUAAGAUGUAAAAAGCUGUCUUUUAGGAUUAAUAAUUAUUAGUUUUAUAUACAGUUGAGGUCAAAAGUUUAUUACAUAGGCUUAAUACUGUGUUGUUACCUGAAUGAUCCACAGCUGUGCGUGUGUGUGUGUACUUGUUUUUGCUAUAUUGUGGGGACCAAAUGUCCCCACAAGGAUAGUAAAGCCUGAAAUUUUUGACACCGGCCUGUGGUCCCCACAAUGUUAAAAAAUGAUUAAAAAUAGUAAAUGAUGUUUAUCUGAAAGUGUAACCAUGCAAACAUGUUUUCUGUGAGGGCUAGGUUUAGGGUUAGGGUUGGGUUAGGGGAUAGACAAUAUCGUUUUGUCAGUAUAAAAUCUGAUAACCCUAACCCUAACCCUAACCUAACCCUAACCCUAACCCUAAGUCUAUGGAAAGUCCCCACAAUUCACAAAAACAAACGGUGUGUGUGUGUGUGUGUGUGUGUGUGUGUGUGUGUGUGUGUGUGUGUGUGUGUGUGUGUGUGUGUGU